AUGGUUGGUUUUGCUUCUUGCUCUUCUAAUUCUUCUUUCAUUUUUCAGACAAAUGCACAAUAUAUUACCGUGAAAGUCGAUGAAAAGCCUAGAAGAUGGGAGAAAUGGGGAGAAUCUAUUUUAACUUUGGAUCAAUUUUCGAAAAAUUGUCGCCCAAUUUUCAUGAUUCUGCUAAUUGUAUUUCAAGUAAGUUACUUUUUUCAUUUUAUAAUUAAACGGACAAACAAAUCUAUCUGAUAUAAUAAUGAGAGGCAGACAAUUAUAUAAGCUACACAUAAAAAAGAGAGAGAGAAAUAGAGAUCGUUGGUUUGUUGUAUAUAAAAUUUCACACAGUUUCUCUCGUCGCGUUCGUGGUGUAAUGGUCAGCAUGGAUGCCUUCCAAGCAUUCGACGGGGGUUCGAUUCCCCCCGAACGCAGAUUUUUUUUUCAAUUUCAAGAAUAUCAGCAAAACAAAUGUUUGGAAAAAUACAAGCUUUGAACUUUUUUCUACUUCAACAAUUUAGAAUUUGAAAUUUUAUAAUUUUUCAGAUCAUCUUCUACUUUAUGAGUUUGAUUUCACAAGUAACACACGAUCCUGUAAAAAACUUCCAAUUUGCUUUCAUUAUUUAUCAUAUAAUUCACAUUAAUUUCCUGCAAUUUGUGUGCAAUUUAUUGAUUGAAAUUUACAUUGGAAUUCCAUUAGAAGUUGCUCACGGAAGUGUUCAAAUUUCAUUUAUCUAUUUUUUCACUUCAAUCUAUUUUAUUGCAUAUAGCUUACUUGUAAAAGAUUUCCACGUUUUGAUGGGAGCUGAUCAGUUUUGUAGAGUUUUGGGAUAUAUACAUGUGACAAAUUUGUUAUUAGUGAGUUUUUUCACAUAGUUUUAGUUUGCCACAAAUCGAAAUACAAUUUUUGCAGAACUGGAAAAGUUUCCCAAAGUCGAAAAUCAUCAAACGAAUACUUUUCAUAUUUCUUUUAACAUCUCUAUACUAUCUUGGAACUGUUUAUAUCUUGUCGCACAUACCAGGUCCUAAAGUAAUUCUACAAAAAUAUCACAUUGAAGUUGUUUAUGCUUCCAGUAUUGUAAUUGGCAUUCUUUUCGGAUUUUAUGGGUUCUAUUCGGGUUUUGUGAGUUCUCAUUUUCAUUUUUUUUGAAAGUGUCUGACUGGCAUUGUUUUUCAGAACAACAAAUGGUUAAUUUGGUAUUUCAUAUUGGCUGUGAUAUCAUUGGUAUUAUUCACGGCAGCUGGGAAAAUUGCAACAUAUGCGAAGCUUGAUUAA